AACUUUUAUUAAAUAAUGUCAUUGAAUUUAAAAAAAAAAAAGGUCCUUCAUUUUCAGAGAACUAUAAAAUGUACUUUCCAGUAUAUUUUAAAUGCGUGUUUCAACAGGUACCCUUCUGGGGAGGAGCGCUGCAUUGCCUGCAAGCUGUGUGAAGCUGUUUGCCCUGCCCAGGCAAUCACCAUUGAAGCAGAGACUCGAGUUGAUGGCAGCAGAAGGACGACUCGUUAUGAUAUUGAUAUGACGAAAUGCAUCUACUGUGGUUUCUGUCAGGAGGCGUGUCCUGUGGAUGCUAUUGUAGAGGGUCCAAAUUUUGAGUUUUCUACUGAAACACACGAGGAACUGCUCUACAACAAAGAAAAACUCCUCAACAAUGGAGACAAGUGGGAAGCAGAGAUAGCAGCCAACAUACAAGCUGAUUACCUCUACCGAUAGUCACCGUAGGAUUAGUAAAGUUCUUUGACUUGCAUAUGUCCAAUAUGUGUACAUAGCAUACAAAAACAGACUCCGCUAUAACGGAGGUGCUCUGUGAUUGAAACAGGAUUUCUGUGUCUUCUCUUUAAAAAUAAAAUAUCAAUUGAGUUCUUG